AUAUCGCUUAGACAAAUUGCUUUCGGAAGAAGAGUUUGCUGCCUUCUUAGGUCAAGAAAACCAAGAUAACUUUUCCAUCCGGCAAAAUUGUCUACAUUGUAGCAAAAAUAAGUUCAGCAAACCACGACAAUUUAAUUUGCUUUUAAGUAGCAAUCUACAAAUAACUAACCACGAAAAGGAAAACCUUGUUUACCUGCGACCGGAAACUUGCCAAGGAAUAUUUGUUAAUUUUACGGCUAUUCAAAGAAGCACCCGUAAAAAGUUGCCUUUUGGAGUGGGGCAAAUUGGCAAAAGUUUUCGUAAUGAAAUUACUCUCCAUCAUGGUAUUUUCCGCACCCGAGAAUUCGAGCAGAUGGAAUUAGAAUUUUUUUGCCGGGAAGAGGAAAGCGAAAA